AUGGUUGUACGGCGCGGGAACAACAACUCAUCAACCUAUAGAGGCCGUUUCAAUCUGAUCCCGCGAACUGGUUAUUCACCAACGAUCUUCAAGGGUCCGCUUCAUAUCAGAGGCGAUGGCGACGAGGCCGUCUGGCCGUUUGCAAUUACGCUGCCGAAACAUGUUGAUCCAGCCUCUUACAGUGGCGCCGACCAGAAGGAAAGUUAUCUGCCCCUUCAAAAGAGGGACUAUGACCUACCAUCGACUUAUACACUUCGUACCUCAGGAAGCACAGAAGGGUUCGUCGAAUACUUUUUAACAGCCACUUUGAGUCUUACCGGCCAAGGCCACCAUGAUAUGCCUACGUCCACGCUACCUUUCCAGGUAUUGACAUUGAGAGAGGAUCCCCCCAUUGCAGAUUUUGAGCUGAGACGUUCCUCAAAUCACAAAACGGUAUCAAGCUACCGACUGAUACCCGGAAUGGAGGAAACGAAGCUAUCAUUUUCUCAAAAAAUGAAACAGUCGUUCAAUACUUCAAGUGUCCCAGAUUUCCACUUCAACCUCGUGGUGGAUAUACCAACAGUCCUUCAGCUGGAUAACCCCAUGCCAAUACCGUUCAAACUACAGGCUGUUCCAGACUGGCAGCACACUAGCGAGGUCAUUAGAGACGUACCGCAAAAAAUAAAGCUGAAUUGGCUUGACCUAUCCAUUACCGAAAUCACCGAAAUUAAAUGUGAAGGAACAUUUUCGCCUCAUACCAAGCAGAAGGACUCGACAACUAGUCUUUGCGUCAUGAAUUCGAUAAACGCACUUGGAACCAGCUUGUGCAUUCCGUUUAACGAGGAACCUCCGCUUGAUGUUGGCGAGCUCAUCAAUUUGCGCCUUGGAAGGUCAACCGCCGGCUUCUCUCGGCAAGCAAACUCUGGAAGAAAUACUUUUACUCCCAGUUUCACAACUUUCAAUAUUCGCCACUGGCAUAGGCUGCAUUGGGAGCUGCGUGGUGAUAUUGCGGGGGAGCGCUUCAGCUUUUCGGGUGCAGUACCUUUGACGAUAUUAACGCCAAGCGAUGAACAAGGACAACCAACCCAUGUUUCGCUGGCGGGAAACGGUCCAGAGAUGGGUGCAACAAGUGGACCUUCGAUGCAACGGAACGAGUCGUGGAUUAAGCCUCCAGAUGAAGAUCAAGCACCACCUAGCUUUGAUCAAGUCCAACAGGAAGAUCUCAAGGCAGGGUAG